AUGAAUUGUCUGUUCACGCAGGAAGACUGUCUUUGGACUCUGGCGCCCGAGAUCAGCCUCGAGCCGUCCCACCUCCAGUCCCUGGCCAGGCAGUUCCUGACAGCAUUGAAUCUCGUCGCUCCUCAACCUACGACUCGACACCUACAACUCCAGCAGCCGAAAAGAGAGCGAGCCGCGUUCCUCCGCCAGUCCCAUCAAACCCGCCUAUGCCACCGACACAGGGCCGCGCUCCCCCUCCCCCCUCCUCCCACCGCACCCCGUCGGCGUUCUACCGCUGACAGCCGCACAAGUGCUGUCUCUCCUCCCCGACAGGCUGGAGAGGACGUCGAGGGCGAAGUUACCGAAUAUGAUGGAGAUUAUGAUACUGACAUUGCGUCGGGGGCUAAAUUCAAGGACGCCCUGCGAUCUCAUGAACGCGACUCCAGCUUUGACGAGGGCACCAUAACUGAUGAUUAUCCUCCUCAAUCCCCACGCAGCCCCCAGGAAAGUCGCCAGCCUCCUCCUCUUCCCCCAACCGCUGCUCCACGGGCGGUUCCACCUCUCCCGCCUAAUCAACCUCCUCGAAACGCACGGGCUUCAAUUGAUACGCCCCGAGGACCUCCUCCGCCACCGCCUGGCAAGGAGCCGCCGCCCGGUGGAGAUGAUGAUGAGUACGACCCAUUUAACUACACUACUCCAUCACAUGGUCUGCCGCCAAUUUCCCCCGGUGGGCGCCCUGCUGCUCCUCCACCCCCUCCUCCGCAGCCAGUGACCGAGUACGAUGAUAUGUAUGACGCUUCUCCUGUUGAGAGCCACGCAACCGACGCCUAUCCUAUAGCGCAACAUGAGAAGCGACCUUCUCUUGCGCCGCCGCCGCCUCCCAGCCAGGCUCCUUCACUCCCAUCUCCAUCCGUUGGUCGAAGUGGACGGGCUUCCAUGGAUAUGCUGAGAAACCAACCCAAUGUCCGUCGUUCUAUGGAUGUUUCUCGCCCAUCUGUUGAUCAGGGAUUUAUUGCGACCGAAGUCGAUCUGGCAGAGAGUACUACUUGGUGGACUCAGCCUAACGCUACACCUCCUGUCUUCCAAGGCCGCAAAGAUAUUCUCUUCGAAGUUGAAGAGUCAUCUUCGUCGAAGCGUGGUGGUAAAACAACCAUUUCGAAGGAUAUUUACGUCUUGUUCAUGGAUUAUUCCCAGACUGUUGUGACAGUCCAAUUCGAUGCUAAAAACCCUGCGGAUGCUGUACUCGAGCAACGCCAUGAAGCUACUCCUCUCCAGCCUCGACAGGACCAGUUAGAACAGGCUCACCUGCAGCUGGGAACCCGCAUUUUCGAAGCAGUGAACUCCGUUCAGAAUUCAACGAUUGGCGAUGGUACUCCGUUCGGACUGGUCCAGCAUCUUCUGAACCCACUGGCAGAUGCGCUGCUUCCUGUUGGUACUCGAGCCUAUGGUGCACUGGUCUACUCAAACCUGGCCAAUGCCUCGGUCUCACAGAAUGACGAGAUCAGGGCAGGUGACAUCGUGAGCUUCCGAAACGCUCGCUUCCAAGGUCACCGUGGUACCAUGCACCAGAAGUAUAGUGCCGAGGUGGGCAAGCCCGACCAUGUGGGUGUUGUUGUCGAUUGGGACGGCACAAAGAAGAAGAUUCGAGCCUGGGAGCAAGGCCGCGAAAGCAAAAAGGUGAAGAUGGAGAGCUUCAAGCUGAAUGACCUGCGCAGUGGUGAAUGCAAGGUCUGGCGAGUGAUGCCGCGCAGCUGGGUCGGCUGGGAGCCCUCGAAAUAA